AUGUACUUGGAAGCAGAAAAAAUGUGCAGGGAACCAGAUACUAAAGUAUAUUACAACCUUGGUUUGUGUUACUUGAACUUAGGAGAAUUGGACAAAGCUAAAGAAUAUUUUCAUCGCACUAUUCAACUUAGUCGAAAUCAAGAUGCUUAUGAAAAAUUAGCUUCAAUAUUCGCCAUAGAAAAUAACUUCAAAAAUGCAACCAGUAUACUAAUUACGGCUUCAAAGUUGUUUCCAUUCAGCACGAAUAUAUCUGUAGACUUGGGUCUGUUAUAUAUGAAACAACGUGAUUAUGAUCAAGCCUUUAAUGUUCUCGGAAAUACACUGUGUCAGGAUCCCGAAAAUCCUAAAGCGCUCCUGACAUUAGCAGCUGAAAUGCAGAGAAACUGUGGUUACGACGAAGCAUUGGCCAAGUACACUAAAGUUGUUACUGAUUUAUCUGAAUGCUCUGAAACGUGGAAUAACAUCGGAAUGUGUUUCUUUGGAAAACACAAAUACGUUGCGGCUAUAAGUUGCUUAAAACGUGCUAUUUAUUUGCACCCAUUUAAUUGGAUCGCCUUAUACAACUUGGGCCUUGUACAUCUAUACACUAGACAAUAUGUAUCAGCAUUUGUAUUCCUCUCAACUACGGCGAAAUUAAACCCAAAUCAUGCUGGUACUUUUAUGCUUAUUGGGUUGGCAUUAAACCAUAUGAACGACACAAGGAAUGCGGAAAAGGCUUAUCGUAAAUCCAUAGAGUUAAAUCCAGACAAUCCAGAAGCGCUAAUCAAUUUGAUAAUUUUGGAAGUUAACCAAGGCAAAAUUGAGGAAGCUGAAAAAAAUUUCCACUUUUUUCAAGAAGCAUGUCUAUCGUGUAGUGCAAUUGAUAAAGAAAUCAUCGAACUAGGAAAGCAAGUUUCAGACGCUCUUGACGGUCAUCCGCGAUCACUAGACGAAAAAUAUGAUAAAAUGCCUGAACGUGAUGAACCCUGCUACGAGGUGGUAGAAUGA